GGGCCCAGGGCGCGGCAGUCCUGCGAGUUGGGAAGAGCUAGUGUCCCUCAUCCCGACCUGCAUUUUCCUCCCGCCCCCUCCUCCCGCGCUGGCGCGCCUGGGUCCUUUCCCGAAGUGAAACCAACAGACUCCGGGAGUUGGGGACUCGGCGGGCGCCCACGGGACAGAUAGCCCUCAGGGCGUCCUAAGUUUGCAGGGAACAUGGGCAUGCUCAGGGCAGGGCUGUGCCCGGGCCUCACGGAGGAGAUCGUCCAGCUUCUGAGGGGCCGAAAGAUUAAGACAGUGGCGGACCUGGCAGCUGCUGAUCUAGAGGAAGUAGCUCAGAAGUGUGGCUUGUCUUACAAGGCCCUGGUUGCCCUGAGGAGGGUGUUGCUGGCGCAGUUCUCGGCUUUCCCCUUAAAUGGCGCAGAUCUCUAUGAAGAGUUGAAGACUUCCACUGCCAUCCUGUCCACCGGCAUUGGAAGCCUGGACAAACUACUUGAUGCUGGCCUCUAUACUGGGGAGGUGACUGAAAUCGCUGGCUGCCCAGGCAGCGGCAAAACCCAGGUGUGUCUCUGUGUGGCUGCGAGUGUGGCCCACAGCCUGCAGCAGAAUGUACUGUAUGUUGAUACCAACGGAGGAAUGACGGCGUCCCGCCUCCUCCAGCUGCUGCAGGCUAGAACCAAAGAAGAGGAGAAACAGGCAGGUGCUCUCCAGAGGAUACAGGUGGUGCACGCAUUUGACAUCUUCCGGUUGCUGGAUCUGCUGCACGACUUUCGGGGCACCAUGGCCCAGCAGGCUACAGCUUCUUCAGGCACCGUGAAGGUCAUGAUUGUAGAUUCUGUCACUGCGGUAGUUGCCCCACUUCUGGGAGGUCAGCAGAGGGAAGGCCUGGCCUUGAUGAUGCAACUGGCCCGAGAGCUCAAGAUCCUGGCCCGGGACCUGGGUGUGGCAGUGGUGGUGACCAACCACUUGACCAGAGACAGGGAUGGUAGAAGGUUCAAACCUGCUCUGGGACGCUCCUGGAGCUUCGUGCCCAGCACCCGGAUUCUCCUGGAUGUCACUGAAGGGGCUGGAACACUAGGUAGUGGCCAACGCACAGUGUGUCUGACUAAGUCUCCCCGCCAGCCAACAGGUCUACGGGAGGUGAUAGACAUUGGGACAUUGGGGACUGAGGACCAGAGCCCAGAAUUGCCUGACAAACAGACGUGACACCGUUGGUUGGAAAAGGGACAGCCUCAAGGCCCUCACACCUUCCUUCCCAGUUCGCUGCCAGUUAGGACCCGGCGGUGCAGAUGGCUCAGGCUCAUCGGAAGACAAGCCUCAGUUUCCCCAGCUUCACUGUGUGGGAUCUCACCGAGCCACUGCCGGAGGCUGCUGCAGC